AUGGCUGCCGUGGAGUCGGAGUCGGAGUCGUGUCGUCGUGAGGCGCGGGCGACCGCCAGCGCCAGCACCAACACCACCAGCACCAUCAUCCCCCACCGUCACCGUCACCCUCCCUCCACCAUCUUCCCCACCACCAUGACAUCCCUCACCGCCACCGCCACCUACGCCUCCCCCCACACGACCCACACCCUCUCCGCCCCCCUCCCGCCCACCCCCUCCUCAACCGCGUCCCGCGUCGCCUACCUCGGCGCCAUGCACACCGCGCUCAAGACGCUGCAGGCCGACACCAACGCCCUGCUGACGCAGAAGAUGGCCGACGACGCAGCGGGUGCGAGGGACGACAAGGAGGAGGCCAACUAUGGGGAGGAGGUUGUGGAGGAGGAUUGA